AUGCUAACGGGAGAAAUUUCACCACUCUACUGUACUCUGACUUCUCUGGAUGUUCUUUCUAUGUCAGAUAACAUGUUGAGCGGCACAAUUCCACGAUGUUUGGAAAAUUCUACUUCUCUAUUGGUAUUGAAUCUGAAAAACAACUCUCUUCAUGGCAUCAUUCCUGAAAUAUGCAAAAAUGGAGGAAAUUUGGAAAUGAUUGAUCUGAGUUACAAUCAAUUGCAGGGACAUCUACCACAAUCAUUGUCCAAUUGUAUGAUACUUCAAGUUCUAGCUGUCUCAAACAAUCAAUUGAAUGAUGUUUUCCCUUCUUGGUUGGGAUCUCUUCCUGAGUUACGAUUGCUAACUCUGCGUCAUAUUUGGUUCCACAGUAUCAUUGGAAAACCCAAAAACGAUAUGCAGUUUCCCAAGUUGCAAGUCAUUGAUCUAUCUUACAACAAUUUCACAGGUGAGUUGCCAUCUGGAUACAUCUUCUCUUGGAAUUCCAUGAAAGCUAUCAAUGUCAAAAGCACUGGUGUAACAUUUAUGUAUUCUCAAUUGGAUUAUAAUGUUUCGGGUAAUAAUCCUGGGGUUUUAUUUUACCCUUAUGGAAUCACGAUAACAUUCCAAGGGGUAGAGAGAUACUACAUAAUCAUCCAAGACAUGUUUGCUGCCAUCGAUCUUUCAUGCAAUAGAUUUGAAGGGGAGAUUCCCAUAUUGAUGGGGAACCUAAAGGCACUUCACUCGCUCAAUCUUUCCAACAACAUGCUCACUGGUUACAUUCCGUCAUCUUUGGAAAACUUGAAGGACCUUGAAUCGUUAGACAUUUCUCAAAACAAUCUCUCCGGUGUAAUCCCCCAACAAUUGUCACAGCUCUGGUUUCUUUCCAUCUUUAAUGUCUCUUACAACAAUCUUCCAGGGUCUAUACCUCAGGGUAACCAAUUUAAUGCAUUUGACAAUACUUUGUUUGAGGGGAACCCAAAAUUGUGCGGUGCUCCAUUAUCAAAGAAAUGUGUAAAUUCACAGUUCAUGCCACAACCAACUUCAGCUUUUAAAAAAGAUGAUGAUUCAGAGUCUCCACUCCAAUUAGAUUGGAAAUUUGUGUUGGCGGGAUACAUUAGUGGACUGGUUGUUGGAAUAGUUCUUAGUGACUUUGUGAUCAUGAGGAGACACGGAUGGUUGGUGAAGAUAAAAAGGACAAGGAAGAGGAGGAGGAGGCAUUGA